AUGGUUCUUACUUGCUCAUCCCUUAUUCUUAGUGAUACUCUACUUGAAUGUAUAUUAUUUAUGCAACGACAUCAAUCAUUUCUCAUACAUGCAUUUGCAACAUCAAUAUGUUCAUCAGUUCGACAAUUAUUUAUAUUUUCAACAAUAGAAGAAUUUGGUCCAGUUAUAUUUACAAUAAUAAUGACUAUAUGGCAAGCAUUUAGUAUUCCUUUAUCAUGUUUAUUCUAUGAUCAUCAUUUAAGUUGAUUGAUCAUGGCUUCAUCAUCGAUGAGUAAAACUGAAAUUCAUAAACAAAAACAAUCUACAUCAAAAGAUGGUGAUAAUCAAAAGAAAACUGAUCUUGGUGCAAAUAUUAUUCUUAUUGGAGCACCUGGCAGUGGUAAAGGUACCCAAAGUGCUCAAUUAGCAGAACGUUAUCAAAUAUGUCAAAUAUCAACAGGUGAUUUACUUCGUCAAGCUACUCAAGAUAAAACAUCAGGAGAAGGCGAAAAAAUUCGUCGAAUAAUGGAAUCAGGAGGACUUGUCGAUGAUGAAAUAGUUAUGUCAUUAAUUGAUAAAAGUUUAAAUAAGCCUGAAUGUCGUAAUGGAUUUUUAUUUGAUGGUUUUCCUCGAACAAUUUAUCAAGGUGAACAAUUAGAACAAUUACUUCAAUCAAGACAAAAACGAAUCGAUGCAGUUUUGGAAUAUGCUAUUGAAGAUGAUCUGUUAAAACGUCGCAUUCUUGGUCGACUGAUUCAUAAAUCAUCAGGUCGAACAUAUCAUGAAGAAUUUAAUCCACCUAAAGAAUCAAUGAAAGACGAUAAAACAGGUGAAACACUUGAACGUCGUUCUGACGAUACUAAUGAAACACUUACCGCUAGAUUAAGUACUUAUCAUAAACAAACAACACCAUUGAUUGAUUUUUAUCGUCAACGAAAUAUUCAUCGUUCAAUAGAUGCAACACAAAAAGUAGAUGAUGUAUCGAAACAAUCUAUUAAAAUUGUUGAUUAUUUACGUAAACAACCAACAUAUAAACCAUCAACAAGCACUAUUCAACAAACCGAAACUGAUGAUACGUUAACAGUAAAAUCAAAAUCAAUAACAACAAAUCAGCGUGAUGUUGAGACAAAUCGUUUAAGUAAUAAUUUUCUAUUUAUAUACAAUGCAGUGACAUCAGUAUUACGUGAUCGUGGUAUUAUUUAA